AAAAGGGUAGAUUUGUCAUUUCACCUAUUUUUUUCAAAAUUUUAAAGUAAAGAAAAAAACAAUAUUUGAAAGGUAAAUUAUGUUGGUUUUAAGGGGUGUGAGUUGAGCAAAGAUUUAGGAGAUUGGAAAAUCAGAAAAAUUAGGGUUUGAUGAGUGGAAGAAAUGGCGGGAAGAUCGGAGAAGACGAUGACCGAAUCAGAAGGAAGCAAAAAUGGCGGAAGGAAGAAGAAGCGUUGGUCCCAAAAAAAUAAAAAAAAAAUGGAGGAAGAGCAGAGGCCAAGAGGCAGAGACCCUAAUUUGUUGAUAUAGUUUUGUUUUGAAACCGACUAAAACCAAAAUGACCACCUCAUAUUGCUUCUCCUUCUCGCUUUUGAUUCUGCCUUUCCUUCACAUCCACACCCUGAUCUCUCUCUUUUUGUUGUUUUCUCUCCAUCGCCGGCGGCUACUGUGCAUGGUAGCAUCGCCGGAGGACGGCAGCCAUGGGAGGAGGGCGGAUUACAACUAAUACGACUACGGCGUCCAACACCACACCUAAAAAGGUCAUGGUAGUCGUCGACCCCACUCGAGAGUCCGCUGCCGCGCUCCAGUAUUCGCUUUCGCAUGCUGUCAUUGAUUGCGAUGAGGUCAUUCUUCUCCAUGUCGACAAUCCUAAUUCUUGGAAAAACGCUAUUACUACGUUCCUUAAGAGGCCUAAUGGUGGACCCGCCAAUACUGCCACUCCCACUGACAACGCCGCCUCCGACGCCGGAGGAGGAGGACCGAUGGAUGUCGAUUUUCUUAAGGAGAUGAAGAAGGUAUGCAAGGUUGCUCGUCCGGAACUGAAUGUGCGGACGGCGAGGGUUGAAUUGGAAGGCAAAGAUAAAGCUGCCAUGAUCAUGGCUCAAACUAAGGCCCUCGAUAUUGAUCUGCUAGUCAUAGGGCAGAGGCGAAGUCUCUCCACAGCGAUCUUAGGAUAUAAACGGGCAGGAGUGGCAAAAAUGUUGGACACAGCUGAGUAUUUGAUAGAGAACAGCAAUUGCACUUGUGUUGCUGUGCAAAAGAAGGGUCAAAAUGCAGGCUAUCUUUUGAACACCAAAACCCACAGAAACUUCUGGCUCUUGGCUUGAUAAUGUCACAUAUUUCUAUCAGACUCUCUUCUCCAUUUGUGUCUCUUAAACCCUUUGUGUCUCUCUAUUUGGGUCACUUUCUUCCCCCCCCCCCCCCCCCCCCCCCCCCC